AUGCCAAGCUGGUACGGCAUCGCCGCCUUCGCGGGCGCGUGGGCGGCCGCGACGCUCUUCCUGCCGCUGACGUGUCUCACCGUCUGCCGCUCCGACGAUUGGGCAUGCCCGCUUAUGUCCUGGCUGGCCUCCGCUUCCAUGCUCUUGAACGUCUUCCUGCUGGGCACUUUAGACAAAGAUUCGUACGUCCGUUUCGCAAUCUGGGCGGGCAUCGCCACCGUUGUGUACGUGGUUUACGGAGUGCGCCUCGUGGCGACAGGCCGAGAAGCUCAAGACUUCCCGCCAGGAGGAUACUAG